AUGUAUAUUUCUAUUAAACUUUUUGCAUUAAUACUCAUAUCAUUUUUCAAUUCAUGUAUUUAUUGUUUACCAAUAUUAAAUGAAACAUCAUCAACACCACUUUUAUUAUUAAUAUCUUUUGAUGGAUUUCGUUGGGAUUAUCCAGAUUUAUAUAAAUUACCAAAUUUUAAUUCCUUAAUACAACGUGGUGUUCGUGUUAAAUAUAUUAAAAAUAAUUUUGCUACUGUUACAUUUCCUUUACAUUAUACAAUUGUUACAGGUUUAUAUGAAGAAACACAUGGUAUUGUUGCUAAUACAAUUUAUGAUCCAAAAUUAAAUGCCACAGCAACACUUGAUACAAUGAAUGACACAAAAUGGUGGUCACAAAAUUCAUAUUCUCAACCAAUUUGGGUGAGUAAUCAAUUAGCAAAUGAUUCUAAACAACGACGAUCUGGUGUCAUAGCUUGGCCAGGUUGUGAUACACCAAUUAAUGGUCAUCUACCAUAUAAAUAUCAAUUAUUUAAUUUAAAUCGUAAAUUUGAUUCAAUACUUAAACAAAUAUUCGAUUGGUUUCAUGAACCUAUUGAAACUCGUAUUAAUUUUGGUGUUAUCUAUUAUCCUGAACCUGAUAUAACUGGUCAUCAUUAUGGUCCAAUAUCAAAUGAAAUGAAUGAAACAUUAAAAGAAUGUGAUAAUUAUAUUGGUCAACUGUUAAAAAUGAUUGAUAAUGAUGAAUAUUUAAAAACAAAUUUAAAUAUUAUUAUUACAUCUGAUCAUGGAAUGGAAGUAAUUAAAAAAAAUCAUACAAUUAUACUUGAAGAUUAUAUUGAUAUAUCAUUAUGUUCAGUAUAUGGUAGUCGUGCAUUUGUUAAUAUAUUUGUUCAUUCAGAAUCAAAUAUUGAUCGUAUUUAUGCAAAUUUAUCAACUAUUCCAAAUUAUGAAGUUUAUAAAAAAUCUCAAAUACCUGAAGAAUAUCAUUAUAAAUCAAAUAUACGUAUUGGUGAUAUUUUAUUUGUUGGCAAAGCUGGUUAUGAAAUAAUUGCACCGGGAGAUAAUUCAUCAACUGAAUUACUUGGUGAUCAUGGUUAUAAUAAUGUUGAAUCGAUGUAUCCGAUAUUUUAUGGAUUUGGACCUGUAUUUCGUCAAAAUAUGCAAGCUGAUCCAUUUCAUACUGUAGAUAUUUAUUCAUUAAUGUCUUAUAUACUUAAAUUAGAAAAAAGAAUAACAAAUGGUUCAUUAGAUAAUGUUAAACAUAUUCUUCAAGAUCAUUUGAGAGAGAAAUUUUUUAAUGAAAUAAAUUUAUUUGUUGUAAACACUGCAGUAAACAUUACACAUUGGGGCUUUAUAACUGUUGGAUCUGUAAUUUUGGUAAUUUUAAUUGGUAUUAUUUAUAUAAUAGUUGCUUUUCGUCAUUCUCGAAAAUUGAUUUAUGUUGAAUCCCAAAAUGUUCCUGUUCGUUAUCGUUUAUUAAGUACUAGUGAAGGUUCAAAGAAUAAUUUAUUUGCUGAUGAAAGUGACAAUGAAGAAAUUCAAUAA